UUGUUCUGGCGUCGAGCGAUUGGGACGUACGUCGCGCGUGAAAUUGAAAUAAAUAAAUAAUAAAGAUUAAACAAACCUACGAACGUUGAGUGCGGUACGCACGCGAAAAAAGAUGCGCAAGAAUCGAUGUAUAGCAAAUCGACAGCAUUGAGGAGGGAAAGCAACGAAACAACAGCUAAUUAAGGCAACAGAUUUGCUUUUUUCCGGACGCGAAAUGAAAAUGUAAUCAAAGAGACGAAACGAAAUUACUGGCAGCAAAACUUAGAGAGUAGUCAGUCAAACGAAUUAAUCGACUAACAAAUCGUGUGAAAUGGAAACGAAGUGCUUCUUCUUUCUCUUCAUCUGUAGCUAUAGUAUAGGAUAUUGCUUGAAAAGUGUGCACAGGAAAAUUGCGGACAGAUCGUAAAAGCGAAGCGCGCGCGGCGUGGCAAAAAAGUGUGGAAAAUUCAAUACAAAACGGCGCGACAAUAACAAAAAAAAAAAAACCAAAAGGAGAAAGAAGAAACGAAAUUUUGCAAAAGCAGCUGUGUCUUUCUAUGUGUGCGUGUGUGUGUACGUGUGUGCCAGUGUAGCAAGAAAACAACACAAAAAGAGAAAUUCAAAGGCGAAUUAUAAAAACAACAAUAGUAGCUACAACAACAACAACAACAACAACAACAAUAACAACGGUAAUCAACAACAACAACUAGCCACAACCGCUGACUUCCGCUUUGAGCAUUUUCAAACGCAUUUACACACACACACACACACUCCCUUACCUGAGUGCCAACGCCAACGCCAACGACGACGACGACGCAGCAUCUCAUCAGCUGACGAACAGCCUCUCUCUCUCUCGCUCUAUCAGCCGCUCGCUGAGGUCUGCUCUGCUUGGCAAAUUAAAGAACGCCUACGCUGACGUCGCUGCCGCCGCAUAAGAAUGCAAAAGAUAACAACAAAAAGUACAGAAAAAGUAACAGUAACAGAAACAACAACUUCCAGCGCGCUGGCGUCUCAACUCUAGUCAACAUUUUUGCAUAAGGAGAGAGCGAGAACAGCAACAAAAACAAAUUAAGCAAACAUAUCCGUCAAAUUAACUACAUUUUAUUAGGCUCGAUAACAUAAUUCGAUAAAAAACAAAAAGAAAAAUAAACACACAACAUGGAUUGGAUCAUCAGCGAUGAACUAGGUCUGACAGUGGGUCACGUGGUCGGCUGGGCGGCCGCCUCCGCUAUGGUCAUAGGCGGCGUUAUACCCUACGUGCCGCAGUAUGUUGAAAUCAAGAAAACCCAGGACGCCGAGGGUUUCUCUCUCUACGUAUGCCUGGCCCUGCUGGUGGCCAAUUCGCUAAGAAUACUUUUCUGGUUCUCCAGCCGCUAUGAGCUUCCAUUGCUGGUGCAGAGUGUCGUCAUGAAUGUCACCAUGUUCCUAAUGAUACACCUUUGCGUGAAGGUGAAACGCAUGAAUGCCAAUGCACGUGACCAUGCGCUCCGUGGCGAUGAGCUGCACUUGCCAAAAGUGCUGACGGACACGGACACCGGCGCCUCCGUAUCCACGGAUGCGGGCGUCCUGAAGCGUGCACGUUCCAGGCAUUAUUUGAAUGAUCUGGACUUCAAAUACUUUUGGAACUGGACAGAUUUUCAAUCGUAUCUGGACAUGAUGCUCGUCGUCUGGGCCGUUGGCGCCGCGAUCACAUAUCUAAUGCUAUCCGUUCACUGGUUCAUGGAGGCCAUGGGCUUUGUGGCCGUCUUCACGGAGGCCAUGUUGGGUGCACCGCAGUUUCUGCGCAACUUUAAGAAUAAAUCAACAUAUGGUAUGAGCAUACACAUGGUGAUCAUGUGGACGCUCGGUGAUAUGUUCAAGACUGGUUACUUUAUUGCUAGAAAUGCGCCAUCGCAGUUCUGGAUUUGUGGCACGCUGCAGCUAAUGCUCAACUUUUAUGCAGGUCAGCCUGGACAUUGCCAUAUUGCUGCAGGUGUGGAUCUAUCGGAACAAUACGAAGCCGCGCGACCUGAGGCGCGGCGAUUAGCAGUUUGCCCCCGAAGAACAACAACAACAACAACAACAGCAACAACAACAGCAACAACAGCAGCAGCAACAACAACAACAGCCACACGAUUUGCACCUUUCGCUCUCCGAGGAACGACAAUUGUCGCUGCCAAUUACGCUGAGCAGCAGCGGCGAGGAUCAUCUGCUGACCGCACGCGCCGACGACGAGCACUUCAAGACUCUGGACUUUGGCCAGUGCCACGACAAUCGCGCCUUUCAAUAUCCCGCCCAGCAUCCCAGCAAUAAUAACAACAGCAACAGCAACAAGAAGCUGCUGCCACGGCCUGGAGGCAGCGGCAAGAGCCAGAGCCGGCACGAGCACAGCGCAUCCCAUAACGCUGUGGCCGUUGCCCUGGAUGCCUUGGAGGUGGUCAUUGUGCACACACCGAAUGCCCGGCUCAGCAAUGGGCCGGCCGCGGAGCACAGGCACAGCCAGGGACGCGCGAGCGGCGGCAGCUGCUGUCAGCGUCGACGCAAGCGGCACAAUGCGACGCAGACUUCUGUGGAGCGCUGCUGCUGUGCCGCCGCCGGCGGCUGUCAUUGCCAUGUGACGACCACGCAUCAUCAUCAUUGCCAUCACCAUUGCCAUCAUCAUCAUCAUCAUCAAUAUGAUAGCACCAGGCGUAGCCAGCGGCAACAUCGCCAGCAUCAGCAUCAGCAGCGUCUGGUUGAGGCGCCGCGUCACAAGUUGCAUUCCAAGCGAAGUCCGCUUCCAGCCAAGCACAACAAGUCUUCCCUGGACUCUAGCGAGGAUCCGCAACGGCCGCAGCUGCAUUCAGCGGCAAUUGCCAUUGAAAUUGAUGCGGCCACCGUAACGGAGAACAACAGCAGCACGGCCACCUCCAAUUUUCCAUACAAGGUGGCCAGCGAGGGCGGCGGCGCGCCCAUGAAUCUAUUGCCGCUCUGCGAGAAGCAUCGUCAGCGACGACGCGCCUCCCUCAACUCCAAUACGACAAUUGAAACCGAUGAGCUGUCGCGCGACGAAGAUGUAGCGGAUGAGGAGGAGGAGGAUGAUGAUGAUGAUGAUGAUGUGCGCCUGGGUGUGCAGCCGGAGGAUGAGGAGCAACUGACGCCCUCAACGUGCGCCGUGCAGCCCAGCAGCAGCUCGAGCAGCACGGCGCGCGCCUUUGCUGGUGCUGCACCGCCGCGUAACGAGUGCGUCCGGAUUAAGCGCAAGCGUUUCGUGCCCGACGCCAUGCAGGAUUAUUGCAGCAGCUGUUCGCGUUGCUCCAGCUGCAGCUGCGACCAGGCGCGCACCAGCUCCUGCAGCAGCCUGGACGAGGAUGUGGCACACGAGCUGACCGUCGCCGCCGACUGCCAUCGCUGCAUGGCAGCCGAGCAGCAGGCAGGCCACAGUCGACCCGGCAGCAGCCUGAAGAGUUUCUGCUCCUGCCACACGAACAGCUGCUGCUGUGGCGUCGACGAUGACGACGAUGCCGUCCAC